AAAUCUGGGCGGAGAUUAUCUUCAAAAUGGCGGACGCCGUGACCAAAGUCUACCGAUCACUGCCUUCGGAUUCACUGGUUUACCUGAAAACUCUCAGUAAAUCGGUAUGUUUGUUACUGGUUUUGUGUGUCCUGCUGGGCAGCUCGUCCGCCGACAAUGUGUACGAGAUGGAGGAGUUCCUGAAGCGGGAGUACUCGCUGACCAAGCCCUACCAAGGGCUGGGUUCCUCAAGUUCGUCUCACUGGGACCUGAUGGGCAACGCCAUGGUGACCCCAGACCACGUGAGGUUGACCCCUGACCUGCAGAGCCGACAGGGGGCGGUUUGGAGUCGGAUCCCCUGCUACCUCAGGGACUGGGAGCUGCAGGUCCAGUUCAAGGUCCACGGCGAGGGGAAGAAGAACUUCCAUGGCGACGGUGUGGCCUUCUGGCUCACCAAAGAGCGCAUGCAGAAUGGCCCGGUGUUCGGCAACAUGAACCUUUUCACCGGACUGGGGGUCUUUGUUGACACGUACACCAACGAGGACAAGAACCGCGAGAAGAGACAGACAGGAACUCAGCGUGUGUACCCGUAUGUGUCGGCCAUGCUGGGUAACGGGACGCUGAGCUACGACCACGAGCGCGACGGGCGGCCCACCGAGAUUGGCGGCUGCACGGCCAUGGUGCGCAACGUGAACCACGACACCUUCCUGCUCAUCAGAUACAUCAGGAGCCGGCUCACGAUCAUGACGGACGUGGACGGCCACCGCGAAUGGCGGGACUGUGCGGACAUCUCGGGCGUGCGUCUGCCCCUGGGCUUCUACUUUGGGGCGACGUCUAUCACCGGAGAUCUCUCAGACAACCAUGACCUGAUCUCCAUGAAACUGUACGAGCUGACGGUGGACAAGACGAAGGAGGAGCUGGAGCAGGAGGAAGAGGAGGAGGUGACCGUCCCCAGAGUGGACAACAUGCAGCAGUUCAUAGUGGUGGAGCUGGAGGAGGGGAUGAGCGGCGUGCAGUAUGCGGUGACGGCGUUGUUCUCCCUGAUGGGCCUGGGGGUGCUAGCGGCCAUCGGCCUCAUGGCCUACGGACGCUGGAAGGAGAAGAGCCGCAAGAGAUUCUACUGAACACACACACUUGCACAUUAUCACAGACACACGCAGUCAUAUAAACACACACACACACACACACACACACACACAUACAUACAUACAUACA